AUAAAUAAACCUUGGCUGGACUUGGUUUAAAACAGAGUUGUUGGAUCGCCUUAUAAUGGGGGUGAAGAAUAGUUUGGAAAAGAUUCGUGUUGGCUUUAUAAUUUGUGUUGUUCUUUGCGUCCUUUAUUGUGAGGAAACCAUCUGAAAAUAUUGGAUAUUUGUUGGUUAACGCACACAAAGCUGCCACUGCAAAAAUGCAAUUACCAAACGUAACAAGUGUUGUUGUUGGGACAGGAGUGGGGGUUGCAGCAGUUGCUGCUACCCCUCUUGUACUUGGAGCUGUUGGAUUUACUGCAGGAGGUGUAGCGGCGGGAAGUAUUGCUGCAGCUGCACAGAGUACAUUUUAUGGAGCGGCGACCACCGGUGUAUUUUCUGUCUUGCAAAGCGUUGCAGCUGCCGGUUUGGGAACAGUUGGUGCUGCUGCUGUAGGGACAACUGCAGGAGUCGGUGCAGCAGCGGCGUGUGAUGCAUGUACAAGUGAAGAUAAAAAAUAGACUGACACAUACACGCAACUUAAUUACGAUGUAUAGUUUAGAUUGUGGUAUAGUUAUAAUAUAGUUUUAUUUUCUC